AUGGUUGGCUGGCGACCGUGGUGGCCGAAGCCGCGUCCGAAGCCGCACGACACGGCGGGGGACCUUAAUCCGGUGCUGCUUAUACCGGGGAUUGGAGGCUCUAUUCUUAACGCGGUUAGCGAAGACGGGAAGAAGAAGGAACGAAUAUGGGUCCGGCUCUAUAACGCGGAUCAGGAGUUCCGCACGAAGCUAUGGUCUAAAUAUAACCCUAACACAGGCAAGUCGGAGUCGCUGGACGACAAGUCGCACAUCGAGGUGCCGGACGACAACCACGGGCUCUACAGCUGCGACAUCCUCGACCCCGACGUUUCCGCGUGCUACCUCUCGCACCCACGCUGUUUCACAUCUGUAACAUCCCUUCACCUCCACCCCAUCUCGCCGCCGUUUGCUUCCGUUUCGUCGGCGCUUCGUCUUCGUUCGCCGUGGUCCACGUGGCAGUCGGUACCGCUGGACGUGGUGUGCUACUACCACCACACCAUCGUCGAGAUGCGCAAGUGGGGCUUUAAGGACGGCGAGACCCUCUUCGCUACAUAUUUUCUUAUUCUAACCGUAUACCGCUCUCUCGGUUGCCACCUGGCGCGUCCACGUGGCAGGCUGCCGGAGACGCUGGACCGGCUGCGCGCGCGGCUGGAGGCGAUAGUGGCGGCAAGCGGGCGGCGCGUGGACGUGGUGACGCACAGCAUGGGCGGGCUGCUCUUCAAGUCGUUCGUCGCGCUUCACCCCGCCGACGCCAAGCGCCUCGUGCGCAAGUGGGUCUCCAUCGCCGCGCCCUUCCGAGGCGCGCCGGGGUUCAUAAUGGACACGCUGCUGACGGGGGUGGAGUUCCUCAAGGGCUGGCAGAAGUCACUCUUCAUCUCCAAGUGGACCAUGCACCAACUCAUCGAGGUGAACGGGCGCACGGUGCCGCUGCCGUUCAACCGGGACAUUGUGAGGUGGGCGGACGAGACAAGGCGCAUCUGGGCCGGGGCGCGCCUCCCGCCGUCCAUUGACUUCUACACCGUCUAUGGCACCGGCCUCGACACGCCCUUCCACUCCCAGUACGCCCCUCGCUCUCCCUCGCCAUCCUUUUCUCCUUCCUGCCCUUCCCUGUAUGGGUCGCCCAAGGACCCGCUCAACGACCUGCCCGACAUCCUCCACUCCGAUGCCACCUUUGACUGCGUGCACGGCGACGGCACCGUUCCCAUCGAGUCCGCCCUCGUAAGCCACACUGCCCUCUGCUCCCACUCCCUCCCUCCCUGCCUCGCCUCCUCGUGUGUCUGCCGCACUCUCUCCCCUCCCUCCCUGCCUCGCCUCCUCUCGUGUGUCUGCCGCACUCUCUCCCAUUCUCCCUCCCCGUCCUUCCCUGCUUUCGCGGACGGCUUCCCGGCGCGCUUCCGAGUGGGAGUGCCGGGAGCGGAGCACCGCGAGCUGCUGCGCCUGCCGCGCGUGUUCAGCCUGCUGCACUUCUUCCUGGAGGUCAAGGGCAAGGACCCCCUCUACGACCCCCUCUCCGACUUCGUCAUCGUCCCCCGCCCCCUGGGGGCUGCAGAGGAGGAGCAGGGGGAGGGCGAGGGGAAGGGGAGGAAGAGGAGGAAGAUGGUGUGGGGUGGGAUUGAUGUAUGGGGAGAAGGGGGGGGGUUCGGAUGGGAGGGAAGUGGGGGGUCUCUGCGCUCACCACCACCCGCGUCACUUCCUCGUCGCGCACUGUCGCGGCGGCCCGGCAUGGAGGUGAAACGGUCGCAGCAGUGGAAGUACGUGCUACUGGCAGCGAUGGGGGGCGUGCUGGCGCUGCUGCGGCUGAUCAGUCCCGUGCAGGCCAGCUGCCUCGUCAUGCUCGCCUAUAUCCUCUCGCGCCGCCACUCCAACGAGAUCCAGCGCCAGUGGGAACGCGCGCAGGCCGCCAAGGAGGCGCAGCGGAGGGCGGAAGAGGAGGCCCUGGCUGCGCUUCCUGCGCGGAAGCGGAAGGCGAUUCAGCGCGCGCGGGCGAAAGAAGCGGCGAGCGCGGAACAGGCGGGGCAAGACGCAACGGAGGACAGCGACGAGGGUAGCGACCAAUAG